AUGGUAGGUCAGAAGAGUGCUAUCGCCGCAGGCUUCUGUGGUGCCCUGUUCAUCAGGUACCGCAUCUACUUCGACGGCAAAAGGCGGAGUGACCCCAACUUCAAGAACAGGCUUCAAGAAAGAAGAAAGAAACAGAAGCUUGCUAAGGAGAGAGCUGAGCUUCCCAAGUUACCUGACUUAAAAGAUGCGGAAGCUGUUCAGAAAUUCUUCCUUGAGGAGCUAUGGCUUGGUGAAGAAUUACUAGCACAAGGCGACUACGAGAAGGGUGUGGACCACCUGACAAAUACAACUGCAGUGUGUGAACAGCCUCAGCAGCUGCUCCAAGUGUUACAGAAGACUCUUCCACCUCCAGCGUUUCCGAUGUUUCUGACCAAGCUUCCAACCAUUAGUCAGAGAUUUGUUAAAUACUCAGAGCUUGGCUAA